CUGUCAAAGUCUGUCAGACGUUGAUGGAUAGUGGCAAUUCGACAAGGAUAAGAUCACAUUUGUAAGAUUCUUGGGCUGUUAUGGGGUAACGGAUAUGCACUUCUUAUGAUAUAACUGAUUACUGUGAUGAUAACAUAUCAGGUGUUGCCAUCUUCAGACCUUGUCUGUUGACAAUAAGAUGACCAGAUUGUGUAGAGAUCUCGACUAGAGGUCUUGACUAGAGGUCCAGCCAGAUGUCUGCCGCUGACCAGCCUCCCUUGGACAAUGGUCAUGACACGGAAGCUGACCUCCUCAACAAGUUGGAACUUGCAAAUAGGUUGUUAGAGGCAGAUCAAAAGUCAUGCAGCUCUCUGAACUCUGCACCCUCUCCGACGCCUGGUCACUCGCGGAAGGGCUCCGGCUCAAGUGUGCAGUCGUCUACUUCCUCGAACAGUCACUACAGUACACAGCAGACAGACGACGAAAACAAUCUGUCCACAUCGGGGAACCUAUGGGAUAUAUGGGGUAAACUUGUCAAUGACUGGGAGAAUGCAAAAAAGAAACAAACCUAUAUUAAGGAUUUGGUGCGGAAGGGAAUUCCGCAUCACUUCCGGGGAUUGGCCUGGCAGCUGCUGUUGAAUGUUCAUGACUGCCCCCACCGACAAAUGUAUGCAGUACACUUGAAGGACAACUCCCCUAGUGAAAAGCUCAUCAAGCGCGACAUUGCACGAACUUUUCCAGAGCAGGAAUUCUUCAAGGAAAAGGAUGGGCUGGGUCAGGAGAGUCUUUUCAAUGUGAUGAAGGCGUACUCUCUACAUGACAGAGAGGUGGGCUACUGUCAAGGGAGUGGUUUUAUAGUGGGACUUCUCCUCAUGCAGAUGCCUGAGGAGGAAGCAUUUGCGGUGCUAGUAAAAUUAAUGCAGGACUAUCGUCUCAGAGAACUAUUCAAACCCAGCAUGGCAGAGCUGGGUUUAUGUAUGUACAAGCUGGAGUGGCUGAUACAGGAAUUGCUUCCAGCUCUGUACGUACACUUCCAGACCCAGGGAUUCUAUACCUCCAUGUAUGCAUCGUCCUGGUUUCUGACCCUUUUCUCUACAACGCUACCAUUGUCCAUGGCCUGUAGGGUCAUGGAUGUAUUUAUCUCAGAGGGUAUGGAUUUUAUAUUCCGCUUGGCAAUUGCAAUAUUACAGACUAGUCAGGAUUUACUUAAGAAUAUGGAUAUGGAGGGAAUGCUGAAGUUUUUCCAGAAGGAAGUACCUCUAAGAUAUGAACAAGAGCCUGAGAAACUGUUCCAGGCAGCUUUUCAAGUACGAUACAACACAAAGAAGAUGAAAAAAAUAGAGAAGGACUAUACAGCCCUGAAGAGUAAAGAGAAUGAAGAUCAGAUUGAGCUAAGGAGGUUGCGGACAGAGAACAGACUGUUGAGACAGCGUGUAGAUACACUGGAAAAAGAGUCAUCAUCGCUCGCAGAUAAAUUGAUCCAUGAUCAGGUGACACGUGCUACUGAGGCUGAGGAAACUUACGCACUCAAGAAUAAACUGUCAACAACUAAACAGAAACUAGCUGACACAACACGUAAAUUAGAGGAGGCUCACGUCUUACUGGACGAUGUUAAACAGAGGACACUGAGUAUAGCUAAUGCUGGGGCCCUAGAUGAGGAUGAGAGUGAGACUGUGAUACAAGGCCUUCAGGAGGAACUCAUUGCACUCCGUCUCAAGGAUGCAGAUACUAAUUCUCUAGUCAAAGAGCUUCGAUCCAAAAUCAAAGACUUGGAGGAUACAAAUCUACAACUACAGAGAGCUCCAAGUAAUGAUAUACAGAACCUACAGGAGGUGUUGAUCGCAGUCAAGCUGAGGGAAGCAGAGGCAAACCUUUCACUCAAAGAGAUGCGACAGAGAGUACAUGAACUGGAAUCACUAUGGGAGAAACAUAUAGAGAGUAUGACAAGAGAUCCUGUGUCUCCAAAAGAAAAGACAAUAAAACAGGAACUGAAGCAGAUCAAUGAGGAACUAAUGACUGUCAAAAUCCGAGAGGCCAACUGUUUGUCUGAUCUCAAGGAGAGCAAACAGAAAAUCAUGGAAUUUGAAACACAGAACCAUAUAUGCACAAACCAGAUACGUAGGAUGGAUGAUGAAAAUAAAACAUUGAAAUCCAAACUGGAAGAAAAAGAUGUAUUGGAAAAAGAUUAUAAACAUCAAAUUCAGGAGCUUAAUAGAAAGAUGGAUGAUCUUCAAACGCAGAGAAAGGAAGAUUCCAUGAUGGUUAGGAUACAGGAGGCAGAACAUGCCCAAUAUGUAGCCACACUCAAACAGAAGAUUGCCGAGCUUGAGAUUCAGAAGGAAGAAUUGUUGACUGCUGAUCGUCUGGACACCAAAGUUGGUAAUCAGGACCUGGAAAAUCGUAUCUAUGACCUUCAGGAUGAGGUUUUACAACUAAAACUGAUGCAGAAAUCACCUGAGGGUGAGCGGCCGAAACAUAAUGGCUUCUGUGGCCCUGGUGAAGGUAAGGUAGAUGUGGAGGAGGAGGAGGAAGAUGAUGAGGACUUCACAGAACUGGAAAACCCAGAAACCUUAAACAGGACUUUGUCGGAAAUAGUCGAUGGACAAGACUCUCCGGAGGACAUGUCAUCACAGUUACAAUCCAAUGGUGCUUCAGACAAUUAUUUAUCUGAAGUAGUGAAUAGUGCAACAUCCUGUGGUAGCAGAUCAGGAAAGGAACUCAAAACAGAAGACUCUUUUAUCCGACAGAAGAGCUCAGAUAGGCGGCCGUUAACUUGUGAUGAAUAUGGUACCCCCUGGGUGCCUCGAGGUGCCAGUGAUAUUAUUGAUGUGGAAAUUUAUAAGGAAAGUAAAGUGUAAUAAUUGUACAGGUUUUAUUUAUAAUUAAUAUGCAACUAUUGAUGUGUUUGUAUUGUUUGGCCAAGGCAGGGACAAUACAAUGCUUUGGUAGUGAAUGUACACUUCAAUAAAUUUAGUCAUGUCAGAAAUAUAUACAGUCACAAGUACUUAAGUGAAGUAGUAUGUAAAUUUUAAAUUAUUGUUAACUUUUGUCUUUUAUGUGAAGAUUACUAUAUAAGUGUUUAUAUUACAAAUAAAAAAUGCUAAGCAUAAAAAACCAAAAGUUUUGUGGGAGAGGUUCUACCAUUUGUUAUGCGUCAUAUAUAUAUUGAAUUAUAAUAGCCAUGUUGACUGCCUAUAUAGAUCACUAAACAGAAGUAGCUACAGUGCAAACAGAUGACAGAGUGUAGUGUGUUGUCUGAUCUUACCCCUGCUUUGGUUCCAGAUAAGGAUGCUUCUUGCCUUGAUCCAGGGUUUGGGUGCCCUGUCUGUGAUAAGGGUGUUCCUGCCUUGUUUCAAUAAUUUUGGCAAACCUGUUUGGUAUGGGGUGAGGGAUGUCCUGCCCUGUACCAGGGGUUGAGUGGAAUGUCUUGAUUUCAUAAACCAUAUUAAGGUGUCUUUGUCUUGAUCUGGUGAUUAGCAUGUCCUUUUCCCUAGUCCUGGGAUUUGGAUGUCCAUGCCCUGGUCCAGGGGCUUGGAUGUCCCUGCUUGAGUUUGGGGUUGGGGUGUAUAUGGCCUCUAUAGUAACAGGCCCUGUUUAUGUGUCAUACAUCACCAUGGUGCAACAUUGUUAUCAGUAUUUUUUAUCCUCAUCUUGAUUCAUUGUACACAAUUUUUAGUGUGUUGUGUUUAAUGUUUUCAUAUUUUUGUAAUUUUAUUGACAUUUUCAUUAUGCAUGAAACUUCUCUCACUUUCACCAUGUUUCAAUUCUCAGUCGCUCAGCUUUUUUCAACUCUGGAUUUUAGUCAAAUUGGACUUGCUAAUUAGCUAAUGUAGUACAUUAUGUAGUAUCACUCUGUUAUUAGAAAAUAUAGAAGUGGUUGGAGUACAGUGAACCAUCCUGUAUGCUCUACAUUACUCCCAGGUAGAUAUUUUGUAUUCUUAUGCCAUUUCUAUAUUCUGCGCUACAUCAUUCCUUGACACUGAUUCAUCAUGAAAUUUGGAACCUCAUUUAUCAUGAAAUUUGAAACAAUUGAGACAAAUCUCACAAAUUAUGUACAUUCUGUCAAUAUAUCAAACUUAUUCAAUCUUUUAUUUUUUGUGAUCAGCUGUUCUGUUUUGGUUGUCUCCCUUGCUUUACCAGUCCUUCAUUUGCUGAUAAAUAGCCAAAAUACUAGCAUAUGUACCAGGGUAUAGAAAGAUAAGGAACUUAAUCCAGUGAAGACAUUAUUACAUGUAUUAGUUCUUUGAAAUUUUAAGUCAUCCAAGUCCCCUCAUUGCAGUUUUAUUUACUAAAGCUCAAUUCAGUUUUCACAUAAACAAUAGUGUGACUUCACGCAGACAGACUUCCCUAUUGCUGGUGAGCUGUAAGAAGUGAGGUACAUUUCCAAAACAAAAAUGGGAAAGAUGAAUCAAAAUAAUCUUUCAUAAACAUUUUUCAGUAUUAUGUGAAAAUAAUGCAACUUUCUACUAUCAGAUAUUAUGUAACUGCUGAAGUGUCAACCGCACUGUCACAUUUUCAAGGCGAUACAAUUUUUUAGAUUCGGACUCAUCUGAGGAUUACACCACAUUUAUCUGCUACAACAGUUGUCAAAAUAAAUACCAUUGUGAGAUUUUCAUUCUAGAAUAGACAACCAUUUACAAAUGCAUCUGUAGAUUUAUAAGAUGUCAUGUCAGUUUGGUUCAGUUCUAAAGGAGAUAAUUCUAUUUGUUAACCAUUGCUUUGAAGCCAUUGCAUGUGUAUGAAACAGGGGAGGGGGUUGUGUUGUCUUGAUGUAAAGGGUCAGGGAGCACAGUGCUCAGGGAGAUAACUGUAUUUGUCAACCCCCAUUAUUUUUGAGCGAUAGAAUUAAACAGGUGUGGGGGAAUAAUGACAAGGUUGUCAUUAUUGUGUGCAAACAUCUCGUUUUAGAUGUACAUUGUUAUGUAAAGUAAGCUACGCUGUCUCUGUAUUUUGUACUGUGAAAAAAAUAUUUACUGUGCUUGCAAUGCAAUAUUCAACGAAUUUAAUUUUUAACAUGGUUUUAAUGACAUGUUAAAUCCUGCUUCUUACACAAAGUUAUUUAUUUAGUGAAUCAUGUUUUGUCACAAAUAGUCACACUUUUUAAUAUGAUUGUUACUGUACUGUAGUGGUGAUGAGAGGGUCAUAAUAGAAAUAUUAAAUGGUAAGAAAUAAAAUGUGGCAGUAAGCUUGUGACUUUAUUUUCAUAUAUUUCAUAUCAUUUGAUUGAAUCAUGGAUGUUUUAAUUACAAAAGAAAUUUAUCAAUAUAUCUGCAAAAUUGAAUUAGAACAAACACUGAAGAAUGCAAUUUCUCCCUUUUUUUCCAGCUUCCUACUUCUUUUUAAGAAAUAUUGCUGUACCAUAGUAAUUAUAUACUGUAACUCUUCUGAAAAAUGUUUAGCUCACACUGAAAUAACUCUUGUUUAAUAUUACAAAGGGUAUUAAUAUUAGCUGAGAGUGAAAUUCUAGUUUAUACAUGUAAUUGUUGAUAUCAAAGAUAUGAUAUAUAGAUAAUCAUAUGCAUGUUAUCAUAAACUUGAUAUCAAUCAAAAUAAAGCCUGAGAAAUGAUGUUUGUUCAGUGAAAUUUCCUGUAAUGGAUGUCAUAAUGUGUGCUUUUCAUUCCAUGUUCAUCAAAUACCAAGUAAAAUGGGUCAUUGUUUAUAGUGUUAGAUAUUGAUACUUUAAAAAUCAUGAAACAAGCAUGAAGUGAAAAAGCCUUGUUAGAUUAAAACUUUUGAACUCUCUUUGUAGAUCACGUAUGAAAUAGAAAUUUUUAUUCUCUUAUAUUAUACUCACCCAGUUCUCUAUGUCCCUUGCAGCUAGGAUUGUGAUUUUCUGUCUUUUCAAAUCUCUAGCACCUUUAUGUUCACAUUUAUCCACAUGACAAAACACUAAACUGCAUUUAGAAUAUUCUGUGUCAGAAUUGAGAUCAGGGAAUGGGUGUUUUGGAGACAAGAUCGGUGUAUGAAUUAAUGACGUGUAUAUGUGUAAAAUGACACGAAAUAUCUUUAGUCAUUUAUGUUGACUACAAUUGAAAUAAGUGAUCUUAGUUGUUACAGAAUUUAUGUCUAUUAUAAAACAGUCAACUACUCAGGCUGGUCAUGUUUCUAAUUGUUCAAUUGUUCCCACAAAUAUCACUGUGAAGGGAAUCAUUUGUGUUAGACUUGUUAUGAUAUGUGCCAAACAGAACAUUUGAGAUAAGUUAUAUAAGUGAUGGUUCUCUUUGUCAGACAUUAAAAUGUGAUCAGAUGUAAUGGGGUUGAUUUUGUAACGUGUUUAUGUUGAAUAAAUCUUUAAGGAAAAUUGUCAUUUAGUGAACAUAACCAUGUUCCUUAAAAUCAAAACAAUACAGGUUUUCUUCAUAAUCCAGAAAGAAAACCUGAAUCACUUGGGGUUUUCAAAGUCUUCAAGAUCAAUUUUUUUUCAAGAAUGUAAACUCAAAUUGAAAAUGGUUAUGUUCUUUUUUGAUACUUAAGAAUGAUUGAACAAAAUUUUAAAGAAAAUAGGUCUUUUUUGACUUGUCAUGUCUAAUUACUUUAAAAUGUCUAUGUAACUGCUUGUGUCAUUUCAAAACUCAUUUCAUUUGUACAAAAAUCAUUUACUCUAAGGAGAACAUGUUAUUAGUCUACAAAUAGAAAUGCUGUUACAACAACAAUAUGAAGACAUUUUAAGAAAACAUGUACUUUAUGAACUGCCUUGCGAUGUGCUUGUUAGGUGUUGAGUUUUUAUCCUUGUCCACAAUGUGUUAUGAAUGAUUAUGUAUAAGGUUUACAUGUGUCCAAGCUUGAAGUGAAGGGACACCAGAAAGUUGUCUGACACUUGCUCAAUACAUCUUCUGUUGUAGCAGGGUAAUAGCGAAGCAGAGUUUUUACCUAGGAAACAUUUGUUUAUCGUACAGACUAAUAUUGAAGGUUAGAAUUAGUCUGUUGUUGUAUCUUGGAUGAUAGGUUGUUUUUAAAUCAGAUGGGAUGUAUUUUUUAUGGCAGCCCCACUCUGUGAGGAAGUGUUGAGUGACUUUCAGACAAUAUAUACUUUUAUUUGAUGACCCAAUCCAUGCAAGUACAGACUGGACGCCUGCAACAUUUGAUCAUCAUGUUAUUUUGUACCUGAUGCAAUUGACAAUAAAACAGAAAAUGUAUGAAA